GACGUUACCAGUUAGAACUGGCGAGGUCCCGUUUGAGUUCUAGUCUCUUUCCUUGUCGUUCUCCUCUACAAUUUCUGAAAACUCAAGACUGAGACCCAUGUCGGAACGUCGACUCGAACGGCUUCCCGGCAGCAACGGCCACAUGGCGUCUGAGGCGGACAGCAUUCUCACGGUCAACAGGUCAAGAAAGGCAGAAGCGCCGCCUAGCUCCUGGUACGAGAAGUACCUCCAGCCGUGCAUCGCGGAGUUCGUCGGCCAGAUCGUCUUUGCGUUCGUCGGAACGAUGGUGACGGGUUACGCGGCUCGUGGCGGGCCUACAUGGUUGAUCGGCAUCGCCCUGACGCACGGGCUGACCAUAGCCCUGCUCGUCGUGGGGCUGGGGCACAUCAGCGGAGGCCACUUCAACCCUGCCGUGACCUUGGGAGUGACCUUGGCGGGGGGAAUCCACCCGCUGCUGGCGGGAGGGUACGGAGUCAGUCAGCUGAUGGGCUCCAUGAUCGGCGCGGCGUUUACCAAGGCGAUCCUCCCCAACACGACGUACCUGGACUGCCAUGGCGGCACGCACAGUAUCGGGGAGGGCGUGUCUGUGGGCGGCGCGAUCCUGUGCGAGGCCCUCCUCACCAUGACCCUGGUCAUGACCGUCAUCAUGUCCGCAGUGGACUCCGCCUCCAAGGGCAAGGCUCUGCCGCCGCUCGCCAUCGGACUGGCCGUGGUCAUCGGCAUACUGGCCGGCGGCCCGUUCUCCGGAGCGUCUCUGAACCCUGCCCGCGCGUUCGGUCCCGCCGUGGUGGCCGGGAUCUGGACGGACCACUACGUCUGGUGGCUGGGACCUCUGAUAGGUGGACUCAUCGCGGGAGCGCUGCACAGGGCAUUCCUGGCGAGCAACGACCGACGGCUUCUAUUUAAAAAUGACGAAACGCGAGGCUACUAAAGAACUACAGAGGUCAAGGGCGAUAGAACGGGUGGGGAGGGGGGCGGUAGUGAAGGUCACCAUGUUUGUGACGGAUGUUCUUUUACUAGAGCUGUUCUUGUAUUGGGGACUGUGUGCCAAGGUCAGUUUAACUAAGGGGAAAAGAAAAUGGAAGAACGGGUAAUGUGUAAGUAGGAGAAAAGCCGAGAAAGUCAAAUAUAAUUGGAGGCCCUGAUGUUUCAUUUCAAUUAUGUACGGGCCUGCUUACUUUUGAACCAUUAUAUCUGUUGAACACAUGCUUUUGUUAACCUUCAGUAUACCAAGGUAGCUAUUUGGCACCUUUUUGUUUAUUGCUUAUGGGUUCAUAGAUACAAGGAGAAGGUUAAAAUAGCUUACCUUAGAUUAUCGUCUUCGCCAUAUAUAACGUUAGUCUUCCUGAAAUUGGUAAUUUUGUGCAUAUCAUUAAAUAGAGGUUUAGUGUUUUACGGUUCUUGCCAAUGUCAUAAUUAAGCCCGAUUUAAAAGUCUUUGAAUAUACGAUAUACUGUUGCAAACACGAUAUAUCUAUGCUAUGAAGUUAGUUGGGCAUCUAAGAUGCAUGAUAUUAUACUAUAUGUAAUUAUAGUAUAGGAAAAUUACUGGAAGAUCAUGACAUCAAUGUACAAUAUAAUCCAGAUUUGCAUUUGUAUGCAUACCUAGUUUGGACAAGUACGAGUAUGUGUCUGCAUUUUUGGAAUUGCAAACGUUUCAGAAAAAGGUUAACGAAUCUAGACAAAACGGUCUUCUUGACAGGAUUGAAGCUUUAGGGAUAAUUUAGUGACUCGAUAAAAUUGCGAUUAAACCUGCUCU